AUGGCGAUCGAAGGGGAAGGGCCUUGGGUCAUUGGGGCGAUGUGGUCUUUGACGGCUGUUGCGCUUGUCUUUGUUGUGCUGAGGGCGUAUACGAGGAUCUUUGUCGUCAAGUCUUUCGGCAUCGAUGACCAUGUGUACAAUCUAGCCUGGAUAUUCCUCCUCCUCGAUACCGUCUUUACAACCGUCGCAGUUAACUACGGUGUAGGCCAAGAUAUGGACGAUGUGAUGCAUAACAACCCUUCCGGCCUAGCCCCCGCGCUCAUCUUCGAAGCCGUCAGCACAAGCUUCGCGAUAGUAGGAAUGAGUCUAGCGAAGUGGUCACUGGGCUUGUUUCUGCUUCGUCUUGUGAAACAGCAAUGGCACAAGGUGGCUAUUUGGAUAUCCAUGGCUAGUCUGAUGUGCGCUUCCAUCACUGUCUGCUUUGUGUACUGGCUUCAGUGUAUGCCGCCGAAUUAUCUUUGGGAUAGAACUAUUCCUGGUGGGCGAUGUACGGUGGACACGGCGCCUGCGUCUAUGUUGCUCUGCAUUCUUUGUGUUGUGGUGGACUUUUUUCUUGCUGGAUUCCCUUGGUUGUUUAUCUGGGGGUUGCAGAUGAAGAUGAAGGAGAAGAUUGUCAUUCUCAGCAGCCUCAGUCUCGGGGUCAUUGCCGGAGCAUUUGGCAUCAAGAGAACCCUCGAAGUACCAAAGCUUAAGAGCCCCAAUCACACCAAGGACCCAGUCGGCCUAAUAGUCUGGUCCGCCGCCGAAAUGACCGUGACAAUGAUCUGCAUUGGCAUCCCCGUCUGCAGACCUCUUUACAAGAAGUAUCUCAGCAAAUGGAGUUCUCGCAACAGCAGCAAGUAUCAGCAAAACUCUGGCGCCUCAUUUCCUCUGCAGACCAUCGGUGGAAGUGCAAAGUAUCCAGCUCAGGUGCACAAGAAGGACAGCACGUCUGAAACUUCCGUGCAAGAGUAUGAGCGGAGGGGUAUCGGGAGUCCGUAUGGCAAGAACAAAGUGUUCGCAAAAGGCGCCGAGAGAUAUAGUGAGAAUCAGAGUGAGGAGGAGAUUCUGGGGCCUGACUUCCGGAGGAGUCAACAGCAGGACAUGGAAGCGCGAUAUUAUUGA